UCCUGCAGGCCUGGACGAUGGGCAACGUGAUGGACGGGAAGUCGGUGGAGGAGCUGAGCAGCACCGAGUGCCACCAGUGGUAUAAGAAGUUCAUGACCGAGUGUCCCUCCGGCCAGCUCACCCUCUAUGAGUUCCGCCAGUUCUUCGGCCUCAAGAACCUGAGCCCGUCGGCCAGCCAGUAUGUGGAGCAGAUGUUUGAGACCUUUGACUUCAACAAGGACGGCUACAUCGACUUCAUGGAGUACGUGGCGGCGCUCAGCCUGGUGCUCAAGGGCAAGGUGGAACAGAAGCUGCGCUGGUACUUCAAGCUCUACGACGUGGACGGCAACGGCUGCAUCGACCGCGACGAGCUGCUCACCAUCAUCCGGGCCAUCCGAGCCAUUAACCCCUGCAGCGACACGACCAUGACUGCGGAGGAGUUCACCGAUACAGUGUUCUCCAAGAUUGACGUCAAUGGGGAUGGGGAACUCUCCCUGGAAGAGUUCGUGGAGGGAGUGCAGAAGGACCAGAUGCUCCUGGACACGCUGACGCGAAGCCUGGACCUCACCCGCAUCGUGCGCAGGCUCCAGAACAACGAGGAGGAUGGGGACGGGGAUGGUGACCCUGCCACGGAGGCAGCCGGCUGAGCCCACCGCCC